AUGGCUGCAUCAAAAUUAACCUUCAAUUUUCUUCUGCUCAAUUUCCUUGCCAGCCUUCGCAUCCCAGAAAUCUCCCUAUGUGAUCGCUCUAGACAGCCAAAAAGACAUGUUGCUAUGUUCAUAUUUGGAGAUUCAAUCUUUGAUGCAGGAAACGAUAACUAUAUCAAUCUCAGCGUUUCGGAUAGAGCAAAUUAUUGGCCAUAUGGAGAAACCUUCUUCCACUUUCCUACUGGGAGAUUCACCGAUGGCCGUCUCAUUGUCGACCUCAUCGCAACAAAGAUAGGUCAACCGUUCGUCCCCCCAUAUUUACAACCUGGUAUUAAUUUCACUAAUGGAGUAAAUUUCGCAAGUGGUGGAGCUGGUGUCUUUUAUGAAACUGAUCCUAAAGUGAUUAGUCUUGGCAUGCAACUUAGCAACUUCAAGAACGUGGCCAUUUCGAUGGAGGAGCAGCUUGGGGACAAAGAGGCAAAUAAACG